GCCAUGUUGGCGCCGCUGCGCAGCGCCUGCAGAGGCUGAGCUUUGUUGUGGUGAGCAGGGAACCCCUGAGCCUGUUUGGUGUCACAGGCACACAUUUCUAACGGGGAUCGCAGCCAUGGCCACGGUGGGGACACCUGGCACCCCCAGUGUCCCUCGUCACACCAACCGCCUGAUUAAGGAAAAGUCCCCGUACCUCCUGCAGCAUGCCCACAACCCCGUGGAUUGGUACCCUUGGGGUCAGGAAGCCUUUGAUAAAGCAAAGACAGAAAACAAGCUGAUAUUCCUGUCAGUUGGCUACUCCACCUGCCACUGGUGCCAUGUCAUGGAGGAGGAGUCCUUCAAGAGCAAGGAGAUCGGGGAGAUCAUGAAUGAGCACUUCGUAUGCAUCAAAGUGGAUCGUGAGGAGCGGCCAGAUGUGGACAAAGUGUAUAUGACCUUUGUGCAGGCCACCAGUGGUGGAGGUGGUUGGCCCAUGAGUGUCUGGCUAACCCCAGACCUCAAGCCCUUUGCUGGGGGCACGUAUUUCCCUCCUGAGGAUGGAGUUCACCGUGUUGGUUUUCGGACUGUGCUGCUCCGGAUCGCGGAGCAGUGGAAGGAGAACAAAGAUGCUCUGUUGGAGAGCAGCCAGAGGAUUCUUGUAGCAUUGCAACACACAUCAGAGAUCCAUGUGCAGGGCCAGGAGUCACCCCCGCAGGCCAAAGAGGUGAUGGACACAUGUUUCCAGCAGCUCUCCAGAUCCUAUGAUGAGGACUAUGGUGGCUUUUCCAAAUCGCCCAAAUUUCCCACCCCAGUGAACUUGAAUUUCCUGUUCACGUACUGGGCCCUGCACCAAACAACUCCAGAAGGUGCCCGGGCACUGCAGAUGGCUCUGCACACCCUCAAGAUGAUGGCCCGUGGGGGCAUCCAUGACCACAUUGGUCAGGGGUUCCACCGCUACUCCACUGAUCAGUACUGGCAUGUCCCUCACUUUGAGAAGAUGCUCUACGACCAGGGACAGCUGGCAGCUGUGUACAGCAGAGCCUUCCAGAUCUCUGGGGAUGAAUUCUUUGCUGAUGUUGUCCGAGACAUUCUGCUCUAUGUCUCACGGGACCUGAGUGACCAGGCAGGAGGUUUCUAUAGCGCAGAAGAUGCAGAUUCCUACCCGACCACCACAUCUGGAGAGAAAAGAGAAGGAGCCUUCUGUGUGUGGGCUGCUGAGGAGCUGCGACCUCUCCUCCCUGACCCUGUCGAGGGGGCCAAAGAGGGGACAACGUUGGGAGAUGUCUUCAUGCACCACUACGGAGUGGAAGAGGCUGGCAAUGUGGACCCCAUGAAGGACCCACAUCAGGAGCUGAAGGGAAAGAACGUCCUCAUUGCCCGCUGCUCCCUGGAGCUGACAGCAGCCCGGUUCGGGCUGGAGCCGGGCCGGCUGAGUGCCCUGCUGCAGGAAUGCCGGCAGAGAUUGUCCUCAGCCCGGGCACAGCGGCCACGCCCACACCUGGACACCAAGAUGCUGGCAGCAUGGAAUGGGCUGAUGAUCUCAGGCUUUGCCCAGGCUGGGGCUGCCCUGGCUGAGCAGGGAUAUGUGAGCAGAGCUGCAGAGGCAGCUGCCUUCCUGAGGACACACCUUUUUGACCCUGACAGCGGGAGGCUGCUGCGGAGCUGCUACCGGGGCAAGGAUAACUCAGUGGAGCAGAGUGCUGUGCCCAUCCAGGGCUUCCUGGAGGACUAUGUCUUUGUCAUCCAGGCACUCUUUGACCUGUAUGAAGCCUCACUGGAGCAGGGCUGGCUGGAGUGGGCCCUUCAUCUCCAGCACAUGCAAGACAAGCUCUUCUGGGACCCUAAAGGCUUUGCUUAUUUCUCCACUGAGGCUGGCGAUCCCUCCCUGCUCCUGCGUCUGAAGGAUGACCAAGAUGGAGCAGAGCCCACCCCUAACUCUGUCACUGUCACAAACCUGCUCCGAGCAGCUUGUUACUCUGGUCAUAUGGACUGGGUGGAAAAAGCUGGGAAGAUCUUGGCUGCCUUCUCAGAGAGGCUGCAGAAGAUCCCCAUAACCCUCCCAGAGAUGGCCCGGGCCACCGCUGUCUUCCAUCACACCCUCAAACAGGUUGUCAUCUGUGGGGACCCACAAGGAGAAGACACCAAAGAGAUGCUGCACUGUGUUCGCUCUGUCUUCAGCCCAAACAAGGUGCUGAUGGUCGCAGAUGGAGACAGCGCUGGGUUCCUCUACCACCAGCUCCCUUUCCUUGCAUCCCUGGAGAGGAAGGAUGGCAAAGCCACUGCCUACAUCUGCAGCAACUUCACCUGCUCCCUGCCUGUCACCUCUGUCCAGGAGCUGCGUGGGAUGCUCAGCCCGUGAGCCCCUCAGUCCUGCUGCCUGCAGGAAGGCACAAGGGCGACAGACUGGCAUGGGGACAUGGGAGAACCCCAUUGUAGAGCCACCCUGAGCACCAUCCCAGAGGGUUCCUAGCAGUGCAGUGGGGCUGUGCCCUUCCUCACCUGCAGCAGGUUGGGUUCUGCUUGUACUGUUCCUCCAGCAGUGUCCCAGCACAACUGACUGUGGUCCUGGGUGGUGGUUUUGGUAUGGCCAGGAGACACCCAUGGAGGACUAUCUCUUGCCUUUGUAUGAAUGCUUGCUUCUCACCUCUUCUUGCUGAGGAAAAGGAAAACAAAUUAAAUACAAAUCCCAGUGUAAUGGAGAAAUCA